AUGCGGGAUCAUGCACUUCUGGACUUCCACGGGCUGAGUAAUGCCGCAAACUGCCUGUCCUCCUGUUUCCAUGGUGACCGGGAGACAGCGAUGGUUCUGGACUUGGCCUGUGGCACCGGAACGGUCGCAUCACUGGUAAAACACAAAACCACACCCACUAUGUUAGGACAGUAGGAGGAUGAUUGACAACACCUCAAUUCAAACAUAUCUUCUUCCCACUUGCUGUAUAACUUGUAUUGCAGCUUUGGUGAUGUCUGUGGUUUUGUGUCUGGUAUGCAGCUGAAGAAGAUGGGCUUCAGCCACUUCGUGGGCGUUGACUGGAGCAAAGGCAUGCUGGAACUGGCCAAUAAGAUGGGCCUCUACCAGGAUCUCAAGCAAUGCAUGCUGGGAGACUAA